CUAACAAAUCUCGCUGAUUCUUCUCCAAUAUUACAUGAAGAAGCAAUCAUUCUGGGCGUUGUAUCAAGUUAUAUUGGGUGUAAAACAUCCAUCAUCAAUCCUGCUAACAAUCUCGUAAACGAAACCCGACCUAUGGUAACCCAGAUCUAGAACCCUAUCUAUUAGCAUGUGUUCCAAAUGAUGGGAUUUCCAUACUACUAAUUAUAAGAACCAGUCAGCAAACCAUUAGGACGAUAAAUGGCCUGUCGCAGUUGUCCGCCCAGUAUCGGGACCGCCCGGUUAUCGAUUAUCGUUGGAAACAACAACAGUACUACUACUAGUCCAUAUCCUCCCGUAUCCUUUCUACAACCUCACUUCCGUCAUAGGCAACCACCACAAACUUACCACUAAAGCCAAUUGCUCCAGGCAACCAUGACACGCAUCGGCUGGUAUGGCCUAGGCUCCAUGGGCCUAGCCAUGGCCACCAACCUCCAAAAACACCUAGCGACAAAAAGUGCCCUGAAUCUAAUCUACUCCAACCGGACAAUGGCACGCGGCGAUGCCCUCAAGGCCCUAGGAGCCACCCCAGAGAACAGUUUCCCCAAACUAGUCAGCCAAUGCGGAAUCAUCUUCACCAUGGUCUCCAACGACGCCGUCCUCCAACAACUAAUCACAUCCGCCAUUGAAUCCGGACAUUCGCUCCGUGAUAAGAUCUUUGUCGAUUGCUCGACCGUCCACCCCGAAACGGUAAGCCGGACCGUUGCCAAAUUGAAAGAACAGCAAGCCUGUUUCUUGGCGGCGCCUGUUUUCGGCGGGAAUCCGAUCGCGGUGGAUGGGAAGCUUGUCUUUGCCAUUGCUGGGCCGAAGAAAGCUUCCGAGGUGGUGAAGCCGCUUAUUCAAGAUGUUAUGGGCCGGAAGGUUAUUGGUUGUGGGGAGGAUGCGACUAAGUCUUCGCUUUUGAAGAUUGCGGGUAAUAUCGUCACUGUUAAUAUGAUGGAAGCUGUUGGGGAAGCCCAGGUUUUCGCCGAACGCACUGGGUUAGGAACUGGCCCGAUGGAAGAGCUCAUCGGUGAGGCUUUUGGUGCUGUGGCUGGGGGUUAUUCUAAGAGAUUGACGACGGGUGCCUAUGCACCGCCGCUGGAUUGUCGGCCUGGGUUUGGGGUCUCUCUGGCUAUUAAGGAUGCGAAUCAUGCAUUUGCCAUGGCGAAGGAACAUGGUGUUGAACUUCCAGGCCUGAAGGUUGCACAUGAGAACAUGAUGGCCGCAAGAGAAUAUGCUGGUGAGUGUCUGGAUAGUAGCUCAAUGUAUGGCGUUCUGCGUCAGAAGGCGGGCAUGGCUUUCUGGAAUGAGAAGAGUAGGAAGAAGUGAAAAAGUGUAUAUAAGUGUAUUGAGUGUAUUGUUCACGAGAAUUUAUUAAUAUCUGCAACACCUCUAUUGUUAAGUUCCAGUCGGAUAUACCCAAUAUUCGUAACUUUGACUCAUCAGGUAGAUCCUGACCCCGAGCUUUGGAAAAUACGAAGCAGCCAAAGUCGAGGCGUCUAGAAGUUCUAUUGCUACGAUGCUAUAUUGCAAAGGUCAGUAUGCUUGUUAUCUUUCCAUACACUGUUUCGCCAGUAUGGUUCGGGCAAACCUCGGCCAAUUUCCCCGGCUAUUAUCCGGU